CGGAGCAGAGCCGGGAGCAGGGAGGGAGCUGCUCUCCCGUCGCCACCAGCCCGCGAUAAAGCUCUUCGCCCCGCAACCGCGCUGCGAGCCUCAGCGGCCUCCCGCCGUCCUGCGAGGGGCUUCGGUGCACCGCUCAGACUGCGUCUCCCAGAGUUCCCCACGGCGGACCCGACGGCCGCUCCGGUUGGUUGUUGGUGCAAUGGAAGAAGCUGGAUCCCAGGAGAUGGGAAUGAAUAACCAGGAUCAGCUGAUGAACAGCAGGUGCAAUGAAUUGUCUAACACAGUGUUACAGCAUACGCAGCCCAACUGUGACGGCCUGGAAAACACGGACACAUUGGAAGGAACUGAGUAUAUCACAAAGAACAGAAAGCUCCCAGGGUCCACGUGCUGCUCUCAGGAGUCUCGUGAGGAGACUCCUGGAAGAGAGGAAACCCGUACUGAUCCACCUGAUGGCCAACAAGAUCCAGAGAGCGAAAAGCACAAAGAGAAAACUUUAGGAAAAGAAGUACUAUUAUUAAUGCAAGCUUUGAACACGCUUUCUACCCCAGAGGAAAAGUUGGCGGCUUUGUGCAAAAAGUAUGCUGAUCUGUUGGAAGAGAGCCGGAAUGUUCAAAAGCAGAUGAAGAUACUGCAGAAAAAGCAAGCACAAGUUGUGAAGGAGAAAGUCCACUUGCAGAGCGAGCAUAGCAAGGCCAUUUUGGCACGCAGCAAACUGGAAUCUCUGUGUCGGGAGCUUCAGCGUCAUAACAAGACUUUAAAGGAAGAAAACAUCCAGCAAGCACGUGAAGAGGAGGAAAGGCGAAAAGAAGCAACUGCACAUUUCCAGAUUACUCUGAAUGAAAUUCAGGCUCAACUGGAACAGCAUGAUAUACAUAACGCCAAGCUCCGUCAGGAAAAUAUUGAGCUGGGAGAAAAACUGAAAAAGCUCAUUGAGCAAUAUGCCUUGCGAGAAGAGCAUAUUGAUAAAGUGUUCAAGCAUAAAGAACUGCAGCAGCAACUUGUGGAUGCCAAGCUCCAGCAAACUACCCAACUUAUUAAAGAAGCAGAGGAGAAACAUCAGCGGGAAAGAGAGUUUCUGCUAAAAGAAGCUACUGAGUCCAGACACAAAUGUGAACAGAUGAAGCAACAGGAAGCACAGCUGAAGCAGCAGCUUUCUCUCUACAUGGAUAAAUUUGAGGAAUUCCAGACUACCAUGGCAAAAAGUAAUGAACUGUUUACAACCUUCAGGCAAGAAAUGGAGAAGAUGACCAAAAAGAUCAAGAAACUGGAAAAAGAAACUAUAGUGUGGCGUACAAAAUGGGAGAACAACAACAAGGCUCUUUUGCAGAUGGCUGAAGAGAAAACAGUAAGAGAUAAAGAAUACAAGGGCUUUCAGAUAAAACUGGAGCGUUUGGAGAAGCUAUGCAGGGCUCUUCAGACAGAAAGGAACGAGCUGAAUGAGAAGGUGGAAGUCCUUAAGGAGCAAGUUUCUCUCAGAGAAGCAGAUGUGGAUCUAGCUGUGCAGGUGUUGCAGUCCUGUACACUCAAUUCCCACGAGGAGCUGGAAAGUCCCACUGACACAGAAGCAGGAAUCCAGCCCAACGUUGAAUCACACGCAGCAAAUCGUUCCGAAAAGACUGUCUUGACAAGUCCUGUUCCUGGCACUGAAUCUGUAGACUAAAAUGAAGUGUAAACACUGUAUUGAGAGAUAUAUUUUGUGUAUAACUUUCUCUGUUGGUGGUAACUAUUGGUUUUGUGGUGAAAAUUUUCUUACUUUUUCUACCAUAUCUGUAUUUUCUUAGAACUACUGGACUUAUGUGGUACAGGAGGCUGCAUAGCAGCUUUAAAUAGCUUAAACUAUAAAUUUUCCACAACUGUGUUGCACAUCUGCCUCAUUUUUUAAAAGAAAAUAUUUUUCCAUAAAAGGAUGCAUGUGCAUUUCCUCCCCACGGCACGAAUCACCGUCACUGAAGACUGUGCAGAUAGAACAUCGGUAAGGGGAAAUAGUGACAAAGUGUCACUUUUUGCUUUAAAGAAAGGCAUUCUGGUUUUGUUCAUUGAGUUGCCACUCGAUAUGCUAAAGAUUACCAUUUGUCCUAAAUUCAUCUAUAUGAGGAUGUCUAACGGCCAGUAAAAGUGUCAGCUUUCCCCUCUUGUAUGUUUUCAUACAUAAUGAAUGAAAAAGGUCCAGAAUACAGAAAAACGUACCUUUAAGGGAUUUUAUAUACUUUGUGGUAUGGGGAAAACAAAACAAAACAGCUUUGAAAAAUGUUAAUUUGCAGCUGGUGAAACAGGGUGUACAACUUCUUUUCAGACUUCUCAGGGUUGUGUUGUAAAGGUUAUUUUGGACUGUCUGCCCUACCUGUGAGCGUGGUAAAUCCAAAUGUGAGAGAAAAUGUACAGCAAGGCGGUGGAGUGGGGUUUUGCAGUUGGGUAUCCUGUUGCACAGAAGUUGGUCUCGUUCUUUCCCCCUUAGCUGCAGUGUGUCCCUAACAUAUAUGAUUAUGCUGCCUAGAGAAAUCCAGCGUUGUCUGGACGCAUCUCUGUGGAUUAUCAGAAGAGCUGUGAAAAAAAGAAAACAUAUACUGCCUGAAGUGUAGAAGACAUAAGCCUCCACCAUACAGGGGUUUUAAUAGCUGUGUAUGCACUGCAUGUAAGCAUAUGCUGUUGUAACUGAACAUAUCCAUUCGAGUACAUCUCCUGAAGCGUAUGUGGAGGAUCUUGCACUCUCAACCUGGAUGCUGUACCAGUUGGCGGGGUGCCUCCCCAGUUAGGUUAUCUGGGAGGGAUGGGAUGGUAUUUCAGAUGGUUACGGUAACAUGCCACGAGCAAAGUUUCCUUGUGAAGCUUCAACCAUUUAGGCUUUUCCUUUUAAAAAGAAAAAAAACAAAACAACAUAUGUCCAUAUUUUGACUUUUCUGAGAGAAACUAGGACCAACACUUCCUUUUGCAAGGUUAAUAUGUGAAAUAAUUACAUGCUGCCCUUAACUUUAGUUCAUGUGUAUGUACCGUCUAGUUUGGGUUGCUGUUGUAAGGAUGAUGAAAAUGUGUAGCCUUUUCUGGUACUUAAAGUUCUUUGCACUUACUUGGGAGGGGGUUUCUGAAUCAAGCACAUCUCUCAAUGAGCUUCCCACCCUCGUUGCCCUUAACAGUUUAGUGGCUAAAUUACUUGAAUGUUCAGGCUGCACUGAGCUCCUGAUCCUUUUUCUGUAGUGAUGUACAUUGAAAUAAUGUAGCUGUCUCUUAAAGAGAGUAAGGUUGUAUAAGGCCUGAUAAAUGUGUUGUAGCUCAUGCCACUGAGAGGAGCUGUGUGAAACUGACAUUUCUUACCUGGUGGAGCGAAUGGGAGGCUGGCGGUGUGGUAGAUGUGUGCAGGCUUUGUGCUUGUGGCCCAGCAGGAAUGAAAGAAGGUAGCAGUGAGUUGGGUAGGUUAGACUCAGAGCUUUGAAAUGUUAAUCGUGCUGACCGUAAGGCUUAAACACACUGGGAAGAAGUGUUUCAGACUUGUGAUUUCGAUGGCUUGCUUUGCAGAAUCAAACUGUUUAAACAAGAGUUGGUGCAAAAACUGGUUUUCAAGCAAAUACUGAGCGUGAAUUGAUUUUUCCUGAGGGAAGGUGAAAACCUUUGUAUCAGAUGCAUCAUACCCUUGGCAAGGUGGGACGUGCAGUUUUCUAUUUUUACAGUUUAUUAUUGGGGCAUUUGUAUCUUUUAACAAUCCUUUCUAUAGUGCUUGUUCUAUGUGGAGGCAAGAGUGGAUUUUUGGACCCUGCUGCAAGAAUACUUCAAAGGGCUUCUAGAGACACAGCAGAUAUAUAGAACAGCAAUAUAUUUGUUACCUACUUAACCUGUAAAUGAAUCAGAAUGCCCCAAGUAAAGGCUUUUAAAAUGGGGAUAUCGUUUUUGUACCCAUGAUGUACCCUUAUCGCACCAACUUUUCAUUUGGCUAAGUUGAGCUGUACUUUGCUUCCUGAAGCCAGUCAGUACCUUUUCUUGCAUUGCUUUAGGAGUGUUGUUUUAAAACAAAACAUACAAAUUUAUAUUAAGGGAUGAGCUCAGCACUCUGCCAUACAGCAGGCUCUUGCACUGCCAGUCUGCAGCCAAGUUGGCUCCAGUAGGGUUUUAAGCAAACUCGUGUGAACGCCUUUCUUCCACUACCAUGGACUGUUUAAUCGGGGCUGGAAAUGGAUGUAGCCUGAAAUACAUGUGUCUGGUCAUCACAACUCGGGCCUGACUGAUGGUUUCACCAUGAUUAAACUGCGAAAAAGCUGCAUUACACUGAUGCAAGACCCAAUUAUGUGUAUGCAUACACAAGGACGUUAGGGCUGUAGCUGAUGUUUUGUCCUUUCUUUCAUUAUACUUACACCUGGUUACGUUACAGUUCAAUUCUCAGGUGUUGCAGAAAAUCUACCUCUUUGAACUGUAGAUGGAAAUAACUGUGAAAAAAAGUGAUGCAGAAAUCUAGUUUGUGCUAAACACACUGCUUUAUUUUUACAACCCAUGUCUGCUUUCAUGAGGAAAAAAUGAUAAAUGAACAGGCAGUCUUUGUUUUGCUUUUCAAAAACAUUUUGUAGAGAUUUUUCACUAAUGUGAAUCUGAAAUUUUAUCUACUCAAUUCUGUAUAGAUUAAGUAAAUAAGUAUGCUUAAUA